CAAAAUCGGCCUGAACACAAGCCCUUCCUGCCUGUAGUAGUGCAGCCUCCUAGUAGGCCCGCACAGCGCCCUUCCAAGCCAGCCCGGCCCUCGCCUCCUGUGGUGCGUCUCGACACACCUUUACACAUACGAAGGCACCUUACCGCGUCCGAGACAGAACGCUGCCGAGAAGAACCAUGACAACGAGCACUACCAGGAUCUCCGCACGCGCGCGAAGAGCGAGGGCGCAGAGAUGGCGCGCUGCUUCGAGGAGAGCCACGCUGCUUAUGCGCGCAAGGACGGCGCGCGCGCGAAGGAGCUCUCCAUCGAGGGCAAGGCGCACCAGCGCGAGAUGGAGCGGCUGAACGCGCAGGCGAGCGAGUGGAUAUUUAAUGAGAACAACAAGGACAGGGAGCCUGGAGAGGUCGAUCUGCAUGGUCUGUUCGUGAAGGAGGCUCUCACGUUCACGGAACGAGCUAUCAACGACGCUCGGCGGCGCGGAACCAACAAGAUUCACCUCAUUGUUGGCAAAGGUUUGCACUCGUCAAACGGCGUUGCGAAGCUCAAGCCCGCCAUCGGGGAACUCAUGCAGAAGCAAGGACUCAUCGCAGAGCUCGACCAAAAUAACUCCGGCGUCUUGAUUGUCAACCUGGACGGCCACCCGAGCGGUGAAGGCGCUAUAGUCCAGCCCGAGGAUAUCACGCGUAGCCUGGAGGGCAAGGGCACUGGUUGUUUGAUUAUGUGAAGGGUGUGUUGCUUGGACCGGAUGCUCUCUCGGCCUUUUUGCAGAUGCUGGAAUGUUUGCUUGUGGAUAUACCCUACAUUGUGUCGGU